AUGUAUUCCUUCAUGUCUCUGUGCUCUGCAGGUAUUUUGGCGCUCAAUGGCGAGGGAAAAGCGUUCGAGUUCGCGUACCUGGAGAACGAGCAGGACCCAGUCGCCGUCGCUGACGUUAACGCCUCUCUCGACGGCUCUUACAUCAGUCUGGGGGAAUGGCCGCACUGGUGCCUUGGAAACAUGUCGCUCUGUCUCGAUGGGGUGACGGUUGAUAUGUGGUUUAAAUUCGCGGAUAUUCCCGAGGACUCACCGGAAAUGAUCGUGUUCAGUACCGGCGGACACAGCUGGUACUCCAACGGCAUCUAUCUGCUGCAGCGUUACGGCGACGAACUCGAGUUAGGCAUUGCCUUCAACGAAGACCUAUGGGCGGUGAAGUUUCGCGUGGAGCCGGAAGUCUGGGUCAACAUACACGCCUUCUGGGACGUAUUUUCCGGCCUCACCCUCCUCACACCUAAGUACGAACAACAGGAUACCACAGCGCGAAACUAUCAGGAGCUGACGUACACCGCCUUCCCGGAAGUCGUUGUUGGUCUGAGCCUUGACGGCUCCCCGGUGACGGACACCGCGAGGUUUGAAGUCUCCACCUUGCGGGUAUACAGCUGGAUAUCACAGACUCCGUCCGACGGCAUAGACGAGAACAAACUAUGGCUCGCUUGCGGGGCUUCCCUUUCCAAAGCGAACGCGGUACCAGUACCGCAAAUGGCGGCCGUGGAGCGUUGCAGAGAAAUAUGUUCCGCCUCAACGGUGGCCGGCGUCAGCGGUGGUUUUGAGUGCAUAUGUACUUCAAUGAGCGCUGUUGCAAAUCUGCAUAAAGAUAUCUUGCUCUGCAACAACGCCACGGACUGGCAUUUUUACACAGUCUCAGGCUUAGCGGAAAGCGACAUUGAUUAUUCGAUUUCUGUGUCAGUACAAAAACUGGGCGUCAAAGAAUACGUGAAACCAUUCGAGGCUGUUGAAAUCCAUAUCUCCACCGACUUUGCCGUCAACGUUCCACUUUUCGUAGACUUUGGGGACGGGAACACAGAAACAAUAACAGAUAAGACGAUAUCGUAUUACUGGAGAAAUGCAGGCAAAUACGACAUCACCGUUUCAGCGGCUGUCGGCAUCACGCAGAUAACCGGAAGUGUCGAUUUUGUUGUUGAAAGUAGAAACGAAGGGUAUGCGGGUGAUUAUGCGAUGCUGAUUCCUAAUCACGGAUCUGAAAGUCGCCUUUCCGUCGUUGACUUUAUUAACAUAGAUAAUGAGACGGCAAUGUGUGAUAUUCUUUACGGCGACGUCAACGCUUCAGCUGAGAGACGCGCGGGGCUGUCAAAGUUCGUUGAAACGGCCGAGCUUCAGCAUCGGUAUGGACUUCCAGGCCGGUACCGCAUGAAUAUCGAGUGUCAUAACCCGUUCGGAUCCAUUUCCAAUGAAACCCACUUCAUUGCACGGAAAUUCGAGCAAACAGAGCAUUUUCUGAAACAAGGUCUCUCAUUUAGAACAAACGUCAGCGGAGACUCGAGUUUUUUCCAGAACGUGAUGGCUGCUCACCAAGAUCCAACGUUCGGAAUAUCUGCUCGAGUGGAGAACCAGUCUCAACUUGUACUAGAUCAAGAUGAUCUGAGAAUACAAGAAAACUUCGUUACUUUUUCGUUUAAAGAUGUAAUUAUUGACAAACGAAUAAUAAGCGUUCAAAAUGAACUCAAAAAGCCAAUUAUCACGUCGCCGAAAGCCGACGGCGCUUGGAACCUCACAACCGCAAUCACUGUGACAAUCCCGCCCGGUAACAACAUCUUUGUUAACGUUAGUUUCGGCGUCGGCGUCGGUGAAAUUUUCUACAUCCAUUACCAGCCAAAUGUCACCGCCAUAGAAUUCAUGGUCAACUUUACUGACCUUGGCUACUACGACGUCAGCGCUAAUAUAUCCAACGACGUGAGUUACAGCACAGCCAGCCUGCUGGUGUCCGUAGAGGUGCCACUGACGACGAUCUCACUCUCCAUCAGUGACGUGGUUGACAAGGAGAGCCCGGUGGCGCUCAUGAUUGACGUUAACGGCGGGGAGCGAGGACCGAUGAAGAUCAAUUUUGAGAUCGACCACGGUAAUGGGUUCAUCGAUACCUAUGCUCACGAUAGCAAUACGUUUUUUUUCCCUACUUACCGACAUGAAUACGUAUAUCCAGAAUGGGGUGACUACAUGGUCUGCGUUCGAGCCUUCAACAACUUGGGCUCUGUGCUUGAUUGCAUACAAGUGCAAGUCGGAGAGAGAAUUACGUAUGUCGAUGUAACGACGCCGACGGCGGGCCGGUUUAAACCGGAAGAGACCGUGACGACACUGGUAAGGUGCCCUCGAGGCUCCGAUAAGACGUUCCGCGUGGACUUUGGAGACGGAGAGACAUUUGUGUUCUCUGACAGGUACCUUAAGGAGACAGAGAACUUCCUGGAUACGACGACGACCACAGUGGACGGAACUACCAUGUCGCCGUUCUCUACAAAAUUUUCUUCGACCGCAAACUCUGUUGGAACUGAAAUAUCUACAAUGCAGCAAAUUAUUCACAAUCGCCGACGAAGAGACGACAAUAAAACAGAUAUUGCUCAAGGAAAUACGUUUGUGAUGUUAGAUAUGAGUACGAUUUAUCAUAAUGAAACGUCGGCAUCGCUCAGUGCUAUAACUACAACAGAGGUCCCAACAACGACUACAAUGAUUGUAACCACGACAACCCCGCCUGCAACCAUGGAACCGCUUCCGGUGGACGUAGUGUAUCCGCACAUGACCAACGACUCCACCGCUAAAAGCCUGAGGGACGGUGUUAUCGUCGUCACGCACAAAUACAAUAGAACGGGAACAUUUAGUGUCAGAGUGACGGCAUUCAACGCGUUCAACUGGGCUCAGGACGAGCUCUGUCCUGAUAUAAUUGUUGCAACGGCACCUUCAAACGACAAUUGUCAGACUCCAACACUUACUGUCUUAAGUAAACUGGAGUCUGCCAUCACAAGGCCGCUUCAUUUUUUACGGUCAGAGCAGAUCAAUCUCACGGCUACCGUUGCUUUAGACGGAUGCGGCGCAGUUCAACCAACGUUUUCUUGGAGAACCGACGUCAUUGUCGAAGAGAACGGUAAAAUCAUUCAGCGCCCAUAUCACGAUACCGGGAUAUGUGUGCUGGAAACAGUUGACAAAAUCUUCAAGUACCCGCGCUCUUCUUUACCUUUUGGAAAAUACGUUGCAACACUCGUAGUGUCCCCAGUGGGCAGGCCGCUGAAGUUUGCAACUCUUGAAUUCUACUUUGUAGUUAACCCAUCACCACCGUACGCUAUCAUAGAAAACAACGCCGAGCACCUGUGGUUUCUUGUAUACGGUACGACAAUGAUCAAAUUUCAUCGUUCCGUCGAUCCAGAUUUUAACUCUACAGAAGGCAUCGAUUAUGACCUUGUACUUUUACCAGAGAAAAACCUUCCAGAAUUAAAGCUCAUGACUAAUGCGAAGGCCAAGUCACUUUCUACAUUGGUAACGGAGAGCGUUACGAACAAAUACACGUCAAAAAACCGCAUACGUCUCUACGAGUACACGCGUUGCUUCAAGUCUCUGACUGCCGACGUCAUAAACGACAUCCGGUUUCCGACCGGGCAGUUCUACGUACCGUCUGAACAUUUUUCCGAGAAAGUGCCGUCAUUUGCGCUGAUGCUGUACGUCUCGAAGAACAGCUACACUACGUCCGCAUACGUGACGUUCGAGAUCCGCCUCAGUAACGCAUCGAACCUGCUGGACCAGUUGGAUGACCUCCUUGCAUCUAAGGACACCUCGGGCGUCAUGCGCGCUGUCACGGCUCUGGCGGACGGUCUUAUCGUGCAGCCGACGAACGCCUCUGAAGAAGCCAACUUUGAGGCGCAAGCAGCGAUGACAGAGCUGAAGGCGAAGCUGAUUGGGGCGCUUGACUCCGUGUCGGAGGGCGUGGCGGAUAUCGGGCAGGCGAGCGGCAUGAUCGGGUUGGUCGGGGAUCUAACUAAGGACUCGUCCAGUGUCUCAGACAGCGCCCGGGUGGGAGCCACUUCGGCGAUUAAAAACUCGGCCUUGGUGACAGAGCAGUUCGCAGACGAGCCGAUGGAUACUUUGACAAACGUCGGAAGCCAGGUAGUAUCCAGUGUAAGCAACGUGCUGCCCAAACCGGAUGCGACGGCUCUUAAGCUGGCGGAGCACGAGAAGGCGCUGCAUAUGGCGGAAGCGGACGCCAAGGCCGCGCAGGGACCAACUGACGAGGAGAUUGCCAAUGGCGAGGACAGCGCGGACAUCAAGCUUCAGGAUGACCCAGAGGAGCUGACUGCACUUACGGAGGAGGAUAUGGCAACCAGCGCGCCGCUCCCGUACAACAAGCUCCUCAAGAAGUGCGACCUCCUGCACAGCGCGCCGCUAGACAAGCUCUACAAGUAUCUCUUCUUCUACGAGUCCAUAUUCAGGCAAGUGUUGAAGAACGUCAGUGAAGAGAUCAUGGUGAGCGAGGACAUUCUCAAGUUGCCACGCAACGACAUCUUCUGCUACAUCGGUAUCCUCGAGGAGCCUGGUGACGUCGAGUGGUACUACAACCGCUACUUUGACGCAGAAAAGCGACGCCGUGACCUCGUUAAAAAGAAUGCGGACCGCGGUGUUAGCAAUUCGUUUCUGGCAGCUAUUGACUCCGUGUCGAGCGUCCUACUGAACAAGACGGAGGCCAACCAGACCGUGGAACUCAGCGCCCCUGGUCUCAAGGUCGCUAUGAAGAGGGCGUCCGCUAACGGAUCCAGCGAAGACGAGGGUCCGAUUGGCGGUGGCGGUGCGGGGGUCAAGAUGCCCCUAGGAGUUCUGUCCGGAUCCGGAAAUGACUCCGAAGUGGGACAAACCUUGAUCAUGAAUGACGACAACCCGUUCACGUACGGUAACGAAAACGACACGACCUCUAUCGGCACGGGCGUGGUGACAUUUAAACUGUCCACGCCGGGAACCAAGAAUGCGGUGCCCGUCUCAAACACUACGGAGCCCAUAGAAAUAUACCUUGCAACAAACCCGUCGCUGAUGCAGCGCCCGCUACUAUAUACGCUGAUCCUGAAGAAGGGCGACAGCCAGAGCUCCAUGGUCUACCAUCCGCUCAACGUGACCGGAAACGACACCACCCUGCACAUGAUCAUCAGACCCGAAGUCACCCAUUCCACGGACCUCUUUGACGUCUUCAUACAGUACGAGACACGCCCGAACGAGACGCACUUUUUGGCGAGGACAAAGCUGCCUCACGCAGAAGACGCGUUCUCGCUAUAUAACAUCACCUGGGAGACAGAGGACACGGUGCGGCACACGUUCUACCCCGACCCUGAACUCACGCGCAAAGCGGGCAUGUACUACAUCGGUGUGCGACUUCGAUCGGGCAAGGUAGACUUGAUGCAAUCGGAGACGAUGUUCAACUAUACGUACCAGCACUUUCUGGGUGGCUGCCGUUUCUGGAACCACGAGAACGAGACGUGGGACUCAGACGGAUGUGUGGUUGGAAACUUGACGACGCCUAACGCCACACAGUGCUUGUGCAACCAUCUGACGUCAUUUGGCGGGAAUAUGGUGGUUCCGCCGAACACUAUCGACUUCAACAAUGUGUGGGCAAAGUUUAAGAACCUCAACGAGAAUGCGGCGGUGUUUAGCACAAUCGUCUCCCUUCUAGGCAUCUACGUCAUUGGCCUAAUAUGGGCUCGUCAUAUGGACAAGAAGGACUUGAUAAAGUGGGGUGCUACUCCACUGGAAGACAAUUUGCCGACGGACAACUACCACUACCAGCUGUCCGUGUAUACCGGCAUGAAGAAGGACGCGGCAACCAAGUCCAACGUCAGCUUCAUCAUUUCCGGUGAGGAACGGGACACCGGCGUCCGGCGACUCUUCGAUGGCAAAAGACUGGCGCAUGACACAGGCAGCAUCAUGAACUACGUAUUGAGCGUGGAGGAGAAGCUGGGUCCGCUGAGCUUCUGUCGCAUCUGGCAUGACAACUCCGCCGACGGGAAGUUCCGCUCCUGGUACCUCGAGCAGAUUGAGGUGUCCGAUCUUCAGACCGGCGAAAAAUACUUCUUCCUCUGCAACCGCUGGCUAGCCUGUGAGGAAGACGACGGCAUGGUUGACCGCAUACUUCCGGUGGCCAGCAUCGAGGACCUGGUCGCCUUUAAGCAGCUCUUCUCCUCCUCCAUACGGAAAAAGAUCACGAGCGACCACCUCUGGGUGUCCGUGUUCAGCCGGCCUACGCGCUCCUCCUUCACCCGCGUGCAGCGAAUCUCGUGCUGCAUGAGCCUGCUCUUCCUCACCAUGAUCACGAACGCCAUGUGGUUCAAGUCAGACGGCGAAAAGGGGGAGCAGCAGAAUCAGCAGACGGUCUCCAUCACCAUAGGACCCAUUUCAGUCACGCUUCAACAGAUAUUCAUCAGUUUGAUGAGUACAAUCAUCGUGUUCCCGCCGAGUUUCCUGCUGAUAACGCUGUUCCGCCGGACGAAGCAGAAGACGAACACAGUGAUGCAAGCGAACCAGAGCAAACCGAAACGCGGCAGGUGGAAGAACUUGGGAACGGCGUCUAGUGUGUGGGAAGACGCGCCGACAAAGUCCAAGCUGACCAAAUUUAAAGAGAGUAUCAGCGAGCUGGUGAAGGGCAACAGCAAGACAAAGUACGACACGCAGGAGGAGGAAGAGGAUAACAUCCCCGUCCCCACCAUUGCGGGGGACCCGAACGCCAAGGCGAAUGCGCAGAAAAAGAAGAAGAAACCGUUCAUGUUCCCGUACUGGUGCAACUACAUCGCGUGGAUAUUAUGCUUUUUGAGCGUGAUCACGCCCGCGUUCUUCACCAUUCUGUACAGCAUGGAGUGGGGCAAGACCAAGGCAAACGAGUGGCUCGUCACAUUCGUCCUCUCCUUCUUCCAGUCAGUAAUCGUUGUACAGCCCAUCAAGGUUCUGUGCCUGGUCACGUUUAUCGCGUGCGUUCUAAAGAAACCAGAUCUGGACGAGGAGAGCGACUGCACGAACGAGCUCAACCAGGCUAUCGCUACACACGAGGCGGCGGUCACCGCCAAGGGAUCAGACGCACUCGACGAGAUAGCCAGACGCCGACGGGAGGCGAACGAGGCUCUGGACCCACCGGACAGCGAGAAGUUGGAGGAGCAGCGGGUACAGCGCGUGCGCGAGAUGAAGAUGGAGGCGAUUCUGAAGGAGAUAAUGGUCUACGGCUUCUUCGUUCUCGUCCUUUUCUUCCUGUCCUACCAGCAGCGCGACGUACAGUCGUUCUACUACACCGAGAAUAUGAAGAACAUGUUCGUCGAAGGGUUUGAAGAGAUCUCCACGAUGAACGACUACUGGGUCUGGCUAGAGGGGACGCUUAUGCCCACGCUCUAUGCAUCACAGUUCCAUAACGGUACGAACCUCACAAACUGGUGGGACAAGCGCUGCGUUGGUGAUUUCCAGUCGCGACGUAUGGGCAUAGCGCGGCUGAGGCAGUUCAGAAUCAAGGAAGACUCGUGCAAUAUUCUGGGUGUCAUGGAGCCGGUGAUAAACCACUGCCGCACUGACUACAACUGGCUUGACGAUGACACUGCGCCCUACCUACCCGCCUGGCGGCCCGUCAACGAGAAGGACUGGGCCUCACUGGAAGAGCGCACUGACGACCCCUUCGUGUACCAGAACUCGAUACGACUAAAGAGCAUGCCAUACAUGGCCACACUUCGCACCUACAAGGGUGGUGGUUACGUGGUGAACUUUGAGCGUAGCUUCCGGCGCACCGCCCGCAAUCUGACUCGCCUCCGCGAACAAGACUGGCUGGAUUUGCGCACCCGAGCUAUCAUCCUGGAGUUCACCGUGUACAACCCAAACGCCAACCUGUUCGCCUCGGCAAUCAUGACCACUGAGUUCCCCGCAACAGGUGCGGCCGUUCCGAGGUCGGAGUUCAAGAUAUUCCGUCUACAAAAUUACGUGGGUGGAUUCGGGAUCGUCGUCAUUUUCUUUGAAGUCCUGUACUGCUGCUUCGCGCUCCUCUUCUUCUACCGCUGCAUCAAGAAGGUCCGCCAGCUAAAGUGCAUGUACUUCCAGACGUUUUGGGAGAUCAUGGAGUUCAUCAUGCUCUGCUUCGCCGUCGCCUGCAUCGUCAUGUACGUGUUCAAGUACACGCUUACCAAAGUGGCAUUCCAUUAUCUGAAGAAACAGUCACAACCGGAGUUCAUAAACUUCCAGUCGCUGGCCAUGUAUGACGAGUUCUACGGCUUUAUGACGGCCUGUGUCGUCUUCCUUGCCUCCCUCCAAUUCUUGAAGCUUCUCUCGUUCAACAAGAAGAUGAACAUGCUCGGCGAGACCGUGAAGCUCGCCACCAAGGACCUUAAGGUCUUCUCGAUCGCGUUCCUGCUCUACUUCAUGUCGUUUGUCCUCACCUCUUACCUGCUCUUUGGAAAGUACAUGGCGGGCUACAGCGGGUUCGUGCAGUCCGUUGAGUCCACGUUCGCCUUCACGCUCGGCACGUUCGACUUCGACGCGAUGUCUGGGGCGCAUAAGUUCCUGGGGCCGGUGUUUUUCUUCACGUUCAUCAUGGUGAUCUACGUUGGUCUCAUGAGCAUCUUCCUCACCAUCAUCGGCGAUGCGUUCAGCACCGUCAAGGAGCAGACAAAGAACGCAGAGAACGAGUACGAGAUGGUGGACUUCAUCUGGAGGAAGUUUAAGGGCAUCAUUGGUGUGAAGUAGUCCCCGGACGUCCUGGCAUCAUUUGUGAGAAGUCGUCCCCGGAUAUCCUCUUCAAGAAUACAAGGGGAAUAUUUGUGUAAAUGAAUCCCGGAUGCUGGUCAACUACAAACACUAGAUAGAAAUCGGUUCACUGUUAAAAUUUCACUAAGAUGUUAAAAUGUUGAACCCCCAACGAAUUCAACGAACAUAUUGUUUUUACAGUCUCACAUCGUUUCCUAUGAGUGUUUCUUUUAUGUCUAAUAUUUAGAAAAUGAAUUGCUAUUCUCUUCUCACCGACAAAAUGAAAUCCGGAUAACACAUCGCCAAUCAAAUUCGACACCUCUUGAUUACACUUAAUUUAAC